AUGGCGGGCCACCGUACUAGUACUACUAGUACUACUAGCAGUAACAGUAUGGGCAGGUCCAUCCGUUCGAGUCUUCAGCACAAGAUGGACUUGGCUCAGAUGCCCCCCGUGUACAAGAUUCCAUUGUGGGAUUUGAAUUGUCAGUUUGACAUGGUGAAGCUUGCGGCACAAGACAGAAAACUGGCACUGGCGGCCACUGUCAAGGAAACGGGAACCGAUGACCAAGGAUUGCUGGAAUUCUACAAGGAGUACUUUCAUUCUUACCCAAUCUACCAAGAUGAAAAGUGGCAGCUGUACAAGGCCAUGGGAGGCAGAAAGCUGGGAAUUCUUACCAUUCUCAAGGCAAUGCUCGGCGCCAGAAAAAGAUUAAAGGCACAGAAUAUUGUAUCCAGCAAACAAAACCACAAAACCGAUGGAUGGAUGGCAGGUGGAGUCCUAAUCUUUGACAAAAAGGGUCAACUCAUCUACGUACUGGAAGAACAGGCAGGAAAGCCAUUUGACAUGGACAAACUCAAAUUGGCCAUUGCAGAGGCCAGGAGAUCCAAUCUGGUAGACAAGCAAAACAAACAACAGGAAGAUUACUCAGAGUCCAUGCACAUUCAGGAGGAUGCUCAGACAGUACGGUCUUCCAUGGCAAGUGAUACCGGCAGUGCCUUGGAGGAAUAG